CAUUCGUAAAAAUAACCUAAAAAUUUAAAAAAGGUGAAAAGAUCUCGUACAUAAUAAAAAGUAUUAUUGUUUAUGUUAUUAAAUUGUGGACAUCAGUAAGCUACUAUGUCUGAUACAGAGUGGUUAAAGUUAGAGGAGAGGACCAUCAAAGCAGAAAAAGAAGCCCAACAAAUAGAAUACGAGCUGGAUAGAAUAGCGACAGGUGAUCUGAGUUUUGUGGGCAAUCCGGAGCUGGAUAAACUAUUAUCUGAGAAUGAAAAACUCAAACACCGAUUGGCCAUACUAGAAAACGCUAUAAAAUUUGAAAGCUCUAAGUCAAAUGCGACAAAGAAACCUAAGGAAACUCCAAAGUUAAUUACUGAUAUCAAAAGUAUUAACGACUCCAUAUGUAUCGUCGACGAGCUGAAAAACAUUUUCUCAAUAGCUGUUUCGUCCGCCUACCCCGAUCUUGAAGAUCCGCCAGUAGUAAUAACUUUAUCUGGCAAUAACCCUAAGUUUGGCGACUAUCAAUGUAACUCUGCAAUGCCAAUUUGUAAUCUUCUGAAAGCGAAGAACAUAAAGACUAAUCCAAGGGAAGUAGCCAACAACAUCCUCAAUAAAGUACCAUCCUCACCAUUUGUAGCCAAGGUGGAGGUGGCAGGAGCAGGUUUUCUGAAUAUUUAUUUGAACAGGGAGAUAGCUGAGCAUGUUCUUAACUUAAUAUUGAAGUCUGGAGUCAAGCCACCUCCUGUAAAAAGGCAGAGGAUAGUUGUGGAUUUCUCUGCUCCUAAUAUUGCUAAGGAGAUGCACGUCGGUCAUCUGAGGUCUACCAUAAUCGGUGACAGUAUUGCUAGGGUCCUGGAAUUUUUAAAUCAUGAUGUACUCCGAAUCAAUCAUCUCGGUGAUUGGGGUACACAGUUUGGUAUGCUCAUAGCACAUCUGCAAGAUAAAUUCCCCAAUUAUAAAACUGUUUCACCACCUAUUGCCGAUUUGCAAGCCUUCUACAAGGAGUCUAAGAAGAGGUUUGAUGAGGAUGAACAAUUUAAGAAGCGAGCAUACUCUUGCGUAGUGAAACUGCAAUCUGGUGAGCCGGACUACACUAAAGCUUGGAAUUUAAUCUGUGAGGUGUCUUACAGGGAAUUCCAAAAGAUCUACGAUCGAUUGGAUAUCAAAAUAAUUAACAGGGGAGAAUCAUUCUAUCAAGAGAGAAUGAAUGUUGUUGUAAAGGAGUUCAAGGAAAAAGGACUGUUGGAGGAAGAUGAAGGAAGACUGAUUAUGUGGGUAAAUCCUGAGACACGGGAAGGGAUACCUCUGACUGUUGUCAAGUCCGAUGGAGGCUAUACCUAUGACACAUCAGACUUGGCGACUAUAAAACAGAGGGUCGAAGAAGAAAAAGCUGACAGGUUCAUCUAUGUUGUUGAUUCUGGGCAGAGCAACCAUUUUGUUUUAAUAGAUGGCUGCGCUCGCCGAGCGGGUAUAUUGACAGGUGACAAAAAGGUAGAGUUUGUUGGCUUUGGAGUAGUACUGGGUGAGGAUAAAAAGAAAUUUAAAACAAGGUCCGGUGACACCAUAAAGUUGUUAGAGUUACUGGAUGAAGGUCUGAAACGGUCAUUAGAUAAAUUAAAAGAAAAGGGCCGGGACCAAGUCUUAACAUCCGAGGAGCUCAAGAAGGCCCAGGAAGCAAUUUCUUACGGGUGCAUUAAAUAUGCUGAUCUAUCACAUAACAGAAUCAAUGAUUAUGUUUUCUCAUUUGACAAGAUGUUAGACGACAAGGGUAACACAGCAGUAUAUCUCUUGUACGCUUUAACUCGAAUCAGGUCUAUAGCCAGGAAUGCUCAAAUAUCAGAAAGCGAAUUACAAAGCUAUGCUCAGAAAUCAAGCAUAAAACUGGAGCAUGAUGCCGAAUGGAAGCUCGGAAAAGUGCUCCUUAGGUUCCCAGAAGUCAUAUUGAAAGUGGUUAAUGAUCUGUUUUUGCACAGCCUAUGCGAAUAUUUAUAUGAAAUCACAACAGUUUUUACAGAAUUCUAUGACAAGUGCUAUUGUAUCGAGAAAGAUAAGAGUGGUAAUAUUGUUAAAAUAUACCACGAGAGGUUGAUGUUGUGUGAAGCGACCGCCAGAGUGAUGGAAAAAUGCUUCUAUCUGCUCGGCAUCAAGACCGUCUCCAAAAUGUAGGGCAUCACAUUUUUAUAAUUUAUUAAUAAAAGUGCAAAUAGAA